AUGAACGGGGCACCAAUGAGCGAUGAGCAGCGUGAGGCACUAGAGCAGCGCCUCGCGCGACUGCGUGCAGCCCAAGCUGCUACGGCCGCAAGUGGAGGAGGGAGCGCUGCUAGGGUACCUGUCAGUGCCACAAACGGCAUUCACCACGUCGAUGUCGGUGCACCUCACACGGAGCAGCAAGGUCCACCACCGUCGAACCGGCGUGGUGGACCUCGCAGUGCCGCGGCCCCACCACCCCCACAGAUGGGGUACGACUACGACGAUGAGGUUGAGGAAGACGAAGAAGUCGAGUCUGACAGCGCCCGUCAGCAAUUCGAAGACGAGUUUCUGCGACUCGUCGCUCAGCAGCAGCAGCAGCGAGUGGAUGCGGUGUCAUCGCACGAACUGAACGCUGCCUCCGUUGUGCAGGUGAGCGCCACGCGCCACGCCGAUGAGGGUGUUAACGUUGUCGCGACGGACAAGAACGCCCCUCACACGUGCGAGUUAGGUGACUUUGAGGCCCUUCGGCUUGCAAAGAUGGGCGAUGGUGUCUCCAUGAAGGACUUCGGCGCCGCGUUCGGUGUUGUCUGGAAGACGCUUACCGACAACCGUGGACGAAAUGCCUUGCACUACGCCGCCGAUGCCGGCUCGGCAGCACUCAUACGACUGCUGACGGACGACCUGCAUGUCCCGUACGUGGCGGAUGAAAAGCAGAUGACGCCACUUGACAUUGCUAUUUUGAACGGUCACUCCGCCGAAAGUGAUGAGGUGUACGCGGCGCUCGUGGCGGCAGCCAAGGCAUCAGGGCACGUCGACGGGAACCUGAGUGUCACCGGGGGGGAUGUAAAGACACGAGAGAGCCUGCUUAAGGCGCACGCCCCUCCACCGCCAAAGUUCGUCAUGACCAAGCCAGUUCCGAAGGCAGCAGAAGCGGCCGGUGCACGCACGUUUUGGUCCACUACUUCUACCGGCAGUACAGUGACCAGUGUGCAGUCCAGCAGUGGUGCCGACAUGACCGACUCCGAGCGCCAAGCUGUCAGCGAUGGGGUGUGUUCGCUAGAUCAGCAUGGCCGAUUUGAGUGGUUGCGUCCCGUGACGCGAGGUACGCAGGCGCCGUGUGAGCACUGGCAGGUUGCGAUGGCAUUGCAAGCAGACGCGACGACAACAAAGAUGACGGGAGUGGUGGUGGCGCAGGUGCUGGCGAACGCAUCCUUGAAAGGGCCGGCGGCGAAGAUGGUCAGUGCUAGAACAGUAGCAAUCGCGAAUCACCUGUCAGUGCAGGACGACAAUCGCCACAGUGGCAUCGCUGUCGCCUUGCUAAACGCGCUGCGCAUCCGCAUUGAGGAGUUGGCUGGAAGCGGCCAAGACGCUGCCGUCUUCUUCGCCGCCGGCACGCAACUCAGUCGUCCGCCGGCGGCUAUCGCGACAGUCAAGUGGUACCGCCGCGCCUUUGAUGCCGCGUAUGUCUACACGUCCGACAACGCCUACAAUGUCUUCCCCGAUUUCUACAACUACGAUGAGGUAUUGCUUGUUGAUGCGGUGCUGAAAGGUGCCAUCCCCCCGUCGCUCGUGCAGCAGUAUAUGGAAGAUCUGCCGUCGUGGUGCAAUCUCGAAGUUACCUCCGAUGAGCAGUGCGCGCUAGUGGUGAGCUUCAUGCAGGCCAAGGCAAGCAGUGCGGAGUCCAACGUGGAGCUGGCCUGUGUACCGGAAAAUGUGCAGGAGCUGCGUCGCACUUACAUUAGCCACCCGGACCACCGCACCUACGUGCGGACGAACGCGCAAGGCUCAGUGACGGAUCUCGUCAUCUUUCGCAAACGCGACACACGUAAAACCGGCACAUCUGCCGAUAGCGACUCUGGUGUCUUUGUGGCUGAAGUUGUGUAUGCCCUCUUUACUACCUUCGACGGAACGGCGAAGGUGGAUCACAUGAUGCUGUUGGCGUCGAAGCUUUUGUCAGCGAAGCUGCUGCUUGUGCCGACCAUGUUCGGCAUCACCGAGAGUGACCUUGCCAAGUCAAACUUUGAUGAGAUCGUUGCGAGCCGAGAGUACAUUUACGCGGUGUCCGUGUUGACCCGGCGUGAGAUGGAUGGGCUUUGCCCGAUGCCUGCCGCAAAGCUGUCGCUACCUCUCUACACGAUUUGA